UCAGGAAGAAUAAUGGCAGCUUCAGGCCCUGCUUUGCUCCUCGGUCAACUGCAGGAGCUACACAGAAGCUGAAGCUCGUGCGAGCCCGCUGGGAGAAUGGUGUGAACGCCUCGCCACUGUUCCCCCUGACGCAGCAGUGAGGGCCCACGUUUCGUAGUUCUCCUUCUACUGCUCUGAUCUUGUUGGAAACCAGAGGUGGCAUUUGUCAGUUUGUGUGGGAGUUCUCUCCCUCCCACUCCUGCCUCCUCACCCCUCACCUCUCCAACCUGCAGGCUCGGCUCCGUGGGUUGCCCGUACAAUCAAACUGUCCUUCUUUUCGCUCCCUUUCUUUUCUUUUUCUUUUCUUUUUCUUUUUGUUGAGGCUUCAGGGGAAUUGCCAAGACCUGUUACAUGCAUGUCCACUGGCGGCAGGUUCAACUUUGACGAUGGGGGGUCAUACUGCGGAGGGUGGGAGGAGGGCAAGGCGCAUGGCUUUGGGAUCUGUACUGGACCCAAGGGCCAGGGCGAGUACUGCGGCUCCUGGGCCCACGGAUUUGAACUGCUGGGCGUCUACACGUGGCCCAGCGGGAACACCUACCAGGGCACCUGGGCACAGGGGAAGAGACAUGGCCUGGGGGUGGAGAACAAAGGCCGGUGGGUGUACAAGGGUGAGUGGACGCACGGCUUCAAAGGACGCUAUGGUGUCCGGGAGAGCACCGGGACGAGCGGGAAGUACGAGGGGACAUGGAACAACGGGCUGCAGGACGGAUAUGGGACCGAGACGUACUCAGAUGGAGGUAAGAACUAG